AUGGCAGCUUCCAUGUCCAACGUGCGUGCAACAAACAAUUUUUUAUUAUUAAAAUUUAUUACAAAACAAGAACUGUUUUCAAAGCAAGUCCCUAAAUUCAAAGAGAGAAGACCACCAUGUGUGUACCAAACACUCAACAUCAGAACAGUGAAUACUCAAGCAAAACAAAAGAGUUCAAAUAAAUCAGCAGAGGAAACUGACAAAAAGUUGAUCAUACAAGACCAAAAUAGACUUCCUGUUGUCACUCCUCUAAAAAGGAUUGGAAGAAAUAUAGCUGAACAUAUGCUUCUGGCUGCACAGCCUACAGAUCAGCCCACUGAAGCCAGAACAUUGAAAAUUGCUGUGCUUGGCAGACCCAAUGUAGGGAAGUCCACAUUGGUGAAUAAGUUAUUGAAUUGGAAGAUUUGCCCAGUAUCUGAAAAAAUAAAUACAUCCACUGCCAAUAGCUCUGCCAUUUUAACAAAGGAUGAUGCUCAGUUGAUAUUCAUAGAUACUCCAGGUGUCAAAGAUGUUUCAUUUUUUCGUGGCAGAAAGAAAACUGGGAAAAAGAGAUAUCUGAGCAAGAUACCUACUUCACUUGUCUGUGACCCCCAGUCAGCUUUGUAUGAUGCAGAUUUAAUUAUGGUGAUGAUAGAUGCGAGUGACAAGCUUUACAGAAACCGUCUAGAACCACCGAUACUACAUGCCCUGUGUCUCCAUCAGGAGAAACCAGCUAUUCUGGUUUUGAAUAAGGUUGACCAAACCAGACACAAUAAAUUCCAUCUUCAGCUAGCUCGCAUGUUAACAGAUGGAUUUGUAGGAGGUACAAGAACACAUGAUAAACCUGUCAGAGAUCAAGUGAGCAAAUAUUUCAAAAACUUAAACCCUGAUGCACUUAUGAAUGAAGUGGAGGACUAUCUAGAUAAAAGAGAAGAGAAAAUAGAGGACAAAGAAAGAGAUAAGAAACCUGACAUGACUGGAUUUCCAGUAUUUUCUGAUGGUAAAGUAUUGGGAAGGAAGGAAGGGAAAAAAGUUGCUCGAGAUGAAGCAAUGGGAAUGCUGUUUGACAAAGUUGCAAAUAUUUUGCGUGAUGAAAACAUUAUCAAGGACCGCGUUACACCAUAUAGUGAAGAAAAGGAUGAGGACAGUAUCUAUGAAGCGCAGACAUACCUAAACAGUGAAAAAGAAACACAAACUCCUGCAGGAGAGCAACCUUUUUUAGAGGAAGAAAAGAAAAUUGAGAACAUUGAAAAUGUAGAAACAUCUUAUGAACAUCAUAACCAGAGUGAAGUAACAGGCAGCACUACAAACACACCAAACACUUUAUCAAAGAGCCUUGCACCACUUGUAAAGGACCAAGAUAAAUCGGUGUCGGAAAUCAAAAGCCAGGCAGCACUGAUGCUGUCUGACAAAAAAUGGAUUGAAUACUUUAAGUACUUGAGAAAAGUGGCUGGAAUAUUUGUGAAAGACAAAGUUGGUUGGCCUCAUUUUGAUCAUGUUUUCUAUGUGGCUGCCAAAUAUAACCAAGGAAUUGAUGCUUUAAGGGACUAUCUCCUUGCUCAGGCACAUCCUGGUGACUGGGAGUACCACAGCAGUUUUGUCACUGAGAUGGAACCCAAUGUGCUGGUGGAGCGGUUUAUUCAGGAGAAGUGUUUAGAUAACCUUCCAGAUGAAGUUCCAUAUAGACUUGUGAUAGAUGUUUCAAGCAUAGAUGUGCAUCCCACAGACAAUUCCAUGGCUGUAACUGCUGCCAUCUAUUGUUCCACUGACAGUCACUAUGCUAUAGUUAAGAAGAGAGUGGAUGUAAUAGCAAGAGCAGCAAAGCAAGAGAUUAUGAAUGCUUUCAGGUGUGAAGUCACCUUGUGGUUAACAGUUAAAAAUUUGAAGAAGAAGAAGACAGGAAACGUGCAAAAAAUUCAGAAGGCAGUCUAAUUUGCACCCCGAGCUUCAUCUAAUGAAUGCUAGCUUCUGAGCUUUGUAAGCUCCAUAUUGAUUUAUCCAUAUCCAUUUGAACUUUAAACCACCCUUUCAAUCAGGUAUACAAAAUGGUGUAUUUAAAGUUAUCCUACAUUUCAGUGCUGGGUUACCUCAUAAUGGGCAUGAUGUGGUUAACAGGCCAUUUGCCCAUGGCCUAAAGAAGCCCAACCUUAAAGUUUGUGAAAAACUGCAUGGCUGGUCUAAAUAGUUUAUCUGUGUAAAAUACCUACCCAAAACUAUAGCAAAUUUAAUCUGUUAUCUUACAAUAAACUAAGAAGUAUGUUUCAUGCUGCUAGCAGUGAAAUCUUGCUGUAUCAGUCUAUUUAAAGGUACUCUGCAAGUGUUUGACGUCUUAAUUUUAUUCCAAAAAACUAUUUCCCAACAACAUAUGAAGCGAACAUGGAUUCCC